UGUGGAGUUGUGGUGUCUCUUUAAAGGAAGGGGGAGUGUAGAGAAGGGACAGAGGAAAGAGAUGAAUAGGAGGCACCAGAACCACCUACCAUGACCAAGUGCGCUGUAAAUGUAGGACAGGAAUUCGAGAGGAAUACAAACGGACCUCUGCGAGACACAUUCGAGGGAAAACCAUGUUGGGAUCAUGUGCCUUAUCUGAUUCAAGCGUUUUUCCACUAUGGUGCCACGGUCGAUCACAGGAACACAGGGAAACUGUUUCUCCUCCCAAAUGUUUCCUGCAUUUUGGAACGGAGAAGGAGAGUGGCAGUAACUGAAAUCCUGGUGGCAUCUUUCUGAUUAUCAAUGGUAGGCAUUGCAUAAUUCCUCCUCAUCCACCGGAGCCGCUUUGGUUCCUCCUGCUGUCAGAGAAGGAGGACGCCAGAAAACCCCGACUCCAUCAGUGGCUGCUUCUCCCGGCGGUGCCUACAGUUCUCUGGCUAUGCCCUUUUCUCUCUUAGGAAGGACUUGCACACAGUAGCGGGGGACCAAGCUCGGGAAGGAUGCGCCUAACGCUGAAUGUGUGCUGCAUUCAGGGAGAUUCAGCACCAACAGCAGCUCCAGCGGAAACAAGGAGUGCGGAGGGCCUGGGAAGCACCCUGCUCCACUAUCUCCUCCUUUUCCUCCCCCCCUGCAGGACCAUGCUUGCGUGAGGGAUGAGGCCGUGCACAGAGACACCAGGCCAGAGCUGCGGCCUACAUCUGACAAGAUCCGGUCUCUCGACUGCAAGAUCUGUGGACACAUUAUCACCGUCACAUCAGCACCUUUGGGCAUCAGGUAGAUCCAGGAGCAUGAGCAGGACUUUGAGCUGCGGGAGCAGAUGUCUGGGUAUAAGCGCAUGCGGCGACAGCACCAGAAGCAGCUGAUCGCCCUGGAGAACAGGCUAAAGGCCGAGAUGGACGGGCAUAGGCUCAGGUUGCAGAAGGAAUUAGAAACACAGACGAACAACACUUACAUUGAGCUGGAAAGACUGGCCAAACGCCACGUUGCUCAAACAGAUAAAGAGAUUAAAUCAGUUGCAGCAGAAGAGAGGAGGAUACAGCAGCAAAUUGUUGCCCAACAAAAGAAAGAGCUGACUUCUUUCUUAGAGAACCAGAAAAAGGAGUACAGGCUUUGCAAAGACAAGAUCAAGGAAGAGAUAAGUGAAGACCCUUCAUCCAAGGAGGAGAAGGUUGAGCGUCUGUCUCGGUACAAAGAAACGAUGCAGCGCUCCCAGGCAGAGGAAGAAGCUCACCUGCUGGCCCAGCAGAGGCUGGUUUAUGACCGUAGCUGCCGGGCUCUGAAACGCCGAAGUCUGCUCAGACGGCAUGAGUUCGAACAGGAGCAGCUGAGAGAGGAGCUGAACAAGAAGAGAACACAAAAGGAGAUGGAACAUGCCCUGAUGAUCCGGCAGGACGAGUCCACCCAGGACCUGGAGCACAGGCAGCUGCAGAUGCUGCAGAAGCUGCGAGUGGAACUCAUGCGUCUGCAGCACCAGACAGAGCUCGAAAACCAAGAGGAGUACAACAGCCGACGGCAAACAGAACUGCACAGAAAACACACUCUGGAGCAGCGACAGCAGCCCAGAGACCUCAAGACGCUGGAGAUGCAGAUCAAGAAACAGUUCCAGGAUACCUGCAAGGUGCAGAAUAAGCAGUACAAGGCUCUUCGGAACCAUCAGCUGGAGGUGUCUCCUAAGGGAGACCACAAAAUGAUCCUGAAGAAUCUGAAGGAGGAGCAGACGCGCAAGCUGGCUAUUCUGGCUGAGCAGUAUGAACAGAGCAUCAAUGAGAUGAUGGCUUCACAAGCGAUGCGAUUAGAAGCAGAGCAGGACAGCGAGUGCCUGGCGCUGAAGCAGCAGCUGGAGCAAGAGAUGGAGCUCCUGGAUGCCUACCAGAAAAAAACCAAAUCACAGAUGGAGGCCCAACAUGAGCGAGAGCAGCAGAAACUUGAGCAGAAGGUUUCCAUACGGAGAGCACACCUUGAACAGAAGAUUGAGGAGGAACUUGCUGCACUCCAGAAGGAGCGGUCUGAAAAAAUCAAACACUUGUUGGAACGUCAGGACAGAGAAAUCAGCGCCUUUGACUCUGAAAGCAGAAGCCUCGGUUUCGGAAGCCACGAAUCUCUGGACUUCCCCAAAGAAGACAGCAGAUGAAAGUGGAUCUAUCUUUCAAAAAAUAACAAGGACCACAGAUCCGGGCCCUCCUCACAUCCACUUGACCCGCUCGUUUGUCACAUCUGUGGCAAAAAAAAAAAAAAAAACUGGACAGCUUUCUCCUUUCCUUUUCUUCUCUCUCUUA